UCUGAAAUUUCUUGUCUGAUCACAAGAUGAUGAUUCCAAACAAACGACGCCGUAGAUUCGAGGUCACCGAAGUCGACGAACACGAUGAGCUUGUGUGCAGUUCUUCUCCUGACAGACCCAAAACGAAAUUGAAGAUGGUUGUUGGGUCUUCAUACUUUCCUAAAAACAACAAAUUAAACCCUAAAGGAGAGGAUGCCCACUUCAUCUGUGAGCACAAGAACACAAUUGGAAUUGCUGAUGGAGUUGGUGGUUGGGCUAGGCAUGCUGUCGAUUCGGGCAUAUACGCAAGAGAACUCAUGUCCAAUUGUCUUGUGGCUCUGGAUAAAGAACAAAUUGGAGCUGUUAAUCCAAAGAGUGUUUUACAGGAGGCCUAUUCAAACACAAAGGCUCAAGGUUCUUCUACUGCUUGUGUUCUAACAUUGCGGGAGGAUCACAUAUUACAGGCAGCGAAUGUGGAUGAUAGCGGGUUCAUGAUCUUUAGAGACAAUAAAUUGUUGUUUCGGUCACCAACAAUGCAGCAUGGAUUUAAUCAUCCCUAUCAAUUGGGGAACCAUGUGAGGAGUGAUCGACCGGAGUGUGCAGACGUGAUUGAGAUCGGUUUUUUGGAGCCUGGUGAUAUCAUUGUUGCUGGUACUGAUGGGGUGUUCGACAACAUUCAUCCAUUUGAGAUUGUGGAGGUGUUUGAACAAACUGAUGGGAGUGUAUGGCCAGAGCAGCAUGCUUGUAUGAUCGCUUCCAUUGCGCUGGAGAACUCGCUCGAUGAGGACUACUUGUCUCCCUUUCAAAUUGCAGCAGAGGCAGCGGGACAGGAUUAUGACGGGGGCAAGUACGACGACAUCACAGUGGUGGUUGCGAUGAUAGAAUCCCUCAAGACAUGA